AAAGUUCAACUCUCGUCACAUUACUUUUGGCUAUAUUACAAAGUGGAAAUUUGGGAGAUGGUGAACAGCAAAAAAAAAAACACACAGUAUAUUCCAUCAAUCCAUAACACAAAGUUGAAUCGAAAUUGAUUUGAAUUGAAUGACGAGAUUACUGUCGACAUCCUUUUUCAGAUCUUUGAAACCUCAUAAUAAUAGGAAUAAUAAUAAGACUCUCCAUCUUCCAAAAAGAUCAUCGGCAUCAACCGAACUUCCGAUUUCAUUAUCGUCGGCCUCCCUCAAAUCACCGGAAUCACAAAAUCUUAAUGAUAAUAGCAAAAAUAAUUGGUGCGUGUAUCUAAUCCUGUCAACCAAUUCCCCAAUCAAAACUUACGUUGGCGCCACCAACAAUUUUUGUCGCCGCUUGAAACAACAUAAUGGUGAACUAAAGGGCGGUGCAAAAGCAUCACAGGCCGGAAGACCAUGGAUUUGUGCUUGCAUUAUUCGAGGUUUCGAGACUAAAAGUGAUGCAUGCAAGUUCGAGUUUAGAUGGAAGAAUAUGUCACGUAAAAUGACGCGUGAAAGGAAUUCGAAGGAUGAGGGAAGGCUUCGUUUGUUGCAGCAUAGAAAUAAAGCACUGCAGAAAGUAAAAGGUUCAAUAAAUUGCAUUAAUUUGGAAUUUGACUGGAAAUUAGAACUCAUCUGAUGUCUCUAUCUGUGUCUCUUUAUAUCAGAAUUUCAUAUACAAAUUCCUGAUUUUAGACCAUGUAGGCAUUCAUCAAUUUAAUUGUAAUUUGUAUGCCCUGUUUUAGACUAAAUGGCACAAUAUAUGUAAAUUUAUCCAAACGUUUAUGACAUGAGGUAAACGUUAUAAGAUGACGA